UGUCUAACAGCCAAUGGUUGGAGCACCACUUUCCUCCAAUAAAUGAAGUGGGACAGUUGCCGGUGCCGGGUCUAGUAAUGUCCUAGUCGUCGUUAUUGUUGCAGCGUGUUUCUACAGCCAAAGGUAAACAACAAACAAACAGAUUAUUGAUUUCGCUUGUGUGCAAUGGGUCGUCGAAAGUCCAAAAGAAAGCCGCCUCCAAAGAAGAAGAUGACCGGAGAUCUGGAUACUCAGUUCACGUGCCCAUUCUGCAACCACGAGAAGGCAUGCGACGUAAAAAUGGAAAGAAGCAGAAACACUGGGAUAAUAUCCUGCACCGUGUGUUUGGAGGAGUUUCAGACACCGAUUACAUAUCUUUCAGAGCCAGUGGAUGUAUACAGUGAUUGGAUAGACGCCUGUGAAGCAGCCAAUCAGUAGUCUUCAGAAGUUUGAUCUUCUCUUUUUUUUUUAUUUUAAAGAUUGUUUGUGUUUGAUUGCUUGGCUGUUGUGUUAACAGCUGUCCUAAUAUUCUUUGAGAAUUUCAUCAAAAAGAGCUAAUUCCAUUCAGAUGAGUUCUUCCUACUUCAGUAUCUACAACAUGUGUUGUUACAGUGUUUCUUAAUUUAUCAUACACUGAUCAUUUUUUAUAUUUUGGAAGGUCACAAGGAUCCCUUUAAAAUAGUAGAUACGAAAUGAAAUUAAAAAUGUUAAAUAUGAUUAAAGAAAAUGUCUUACAUUUAAUUUUCUUUUUUAGCUGGUAGCUUUUGUUUGCUGUGCAAAUGAACUUUCAAAGGAGACCAUGUAAAUGUACCAAUACAUAGAUGUUUUUUCUGAUUCUGUUCAUGGGGCUGCCGAUACCUACAUUUAAAUUCAAGGUUCUUUGGCGGGUUACUUUGAAAAUGUGUAGAUGAGAGUGCAUGUGCUGUUCUGUCCACUGUUUAGGCCAGACUCAAUGAUAUACAUUAUAAUUUGAUAUCACAAACACAGCAGCUGGUCCAGCGAUCUUUAUAAAUCAAUCUCAGGAAACACGUUACAGGUUCUUACCAUAUCUGUUAGUAAAGUGACGGCUUUAAUCCUCAGUGAGACACGUCAGUCACAGUGUCUGGUGACAUUAGUGGAAAGACAAACAAGUAUGCAGCAUUCAAUCUAAGAUGCAUAAAUCAGGAGAUCAGUGUUGUUUAUAGAGAUGCAGAAACUGCUUUAUUCAGUAGAUGUGUCAUGUGUCAAAUCAUAUUUACCACAAGGAUCUAAAAAAGUGUUUUGUCAAAAUGCAGUACAGAACUUUCAAAAAAAAAUUGAAAUAAAGGAACAAUAGACUUUCUGUGUAGGAUGAGAAUCCAAACCAGAAAUAAUUUUUUGUUGGUUUUUUUAUUCUACUUUUGGUGAAAAAAUACAAUUUAUUCAGAACGACUUUUGGUAAUCCUUUUAUUUUUACUGACCUUGUACAACUGUUCAAAGACAAAAUGUGAAUCUGAAAAUAAAAUAAAAAUAUUGAAAACCG